AUGAAGUUAAUAUUAGUCUUAAUUGCCACAUUUGGUGCACAUGCCUGCCAACGCGAGCGAACACUCAAUUAUCCUCACAAGCAUGUAAAACGACAAGCUAAUAAUGUCACCUUCCCUCCAGUCCUGGAUCGGAAUGAGCAGAUUUUGAUAGACUCAUUUGACAAUACUUCAAUCUCGACGUGGUCCUACUACUACACUCAUGGGGACCACGUUGCAGGUCGGAAUAGGACUAUGGCUCAGUGGACAGCGGAUCGAUGGGCCGAGUUUGGGUUCACCUCGAAAUUGGACGAAUACUAUGUCUUUUUGAACUAUCCCGUUUCUCAUUCUCUUCAACUCACUUAUUCAAAUGGAACUGUUUUCACUCCAUCGUUGCAAGAAGCGGUGCUUCCAGAGGAUGAUACCACAAGUUACCCAAAUCGGAUCCCGACGUUUCACGGCUAUUCUUUCUCCGGAAACGCGUCUGCUGAAUACGUUUACGUCGGAAGAGGACAACAGGUGGAUUUUAACCGCCUCAAAGCCUUGGGGCUCAAAGUCAAAAAUGCGCAAGAGCACGGAAUGAUUGGCUGCGUCAUCUUUUCCGACCCGAGUGACGAUGGAAAUGUAACAGAAGCGAAAGGAGUUGCUGCCUAUCCAAAUGGCCCAGCAAGAAAUCCGACGACCGUUCAGAGAGGCAGCGUACAGUUUCUUAGCAUCUACCCAGGUGAUCCGACGACCCCCGGGUAUACAUCCAAGGAGGAUUCUCCGAGAGCAGACAUAAGCCUUAGUGUUCCUCGUAUUCCUUCUCUACCAAUAUCUUGGAAAGAUGCUCAGCCUAUCCUCAAAGCACUAAAUGGCUACGGGGCGAAUGGAACAUUGGUGAAUCGUACGGGAUGGGUGGGUGCAAUUCCAGGAGUUCAGUAUAAUACUGGACAAGGCUCCUCUGCUACCCUAACAAUGAGCAACCAAAUGGAGGACAAAAUGACGUGGAUCUGGGAUGUUGUUGGAAUUAUCAAUGGCACAAACCAGGACGAGGCUGUCAUUGUCGGCAAUCAUCGUGAUGCGUGGAUUGUGGGAGGUGCUGCGGAUCCAAAUUCAGGAUCAGCGGUUUUGAUUGAGCUAGCUAAAGCGUUUGGCAAGCUCAUGGAGACUGGCUGGAAGCCAACACGAACCAUUGUUCUUUGCAGCUGGGACGCGGAAGAGUAUGGCCUUGUUGGAAGCACAGAGUGGGUGGAAGAAUACAUGCCCUGGCUCAAGGCUGCGGCUGUCUCGUACCUAAAUGUCGACAUUGCCGUUUCCGGUCCCAUACCUGGCAUAGCAGCUAGUCCCGAUCUCCAUGCCAUUAGCACCGAACUCAUGAAAAAGAUUGUUUGGCCCUAUCGCGGCACUACAAACCGUACCAUGUACGACGUCUGGAUGGAAGAAGACGGCGAAGUAGGAGUACUCGGCAGUGGGAGUGAUUACACGUCAUUCCUACACCGCGGUGUUGGAUCCAUUGACUUAGGCGCGGGAAGAGGUCCAACUGAUCCUGUCUAUCACUAUCAUUCCAACUAUGACAGUUUUCAUUGGAUGUCAACAUUUGGAGACCCCGGAUUUAUUACGCAUAAAGCUAUAGGCCAGUACCUGACUCUAUUGCUCUACCACAUAGCUAGUGAUGCUUCGCUUCCUCUCGAACCAGCCAACUACACCCCAGAAAUGACAACCUACCUCAAAAAUCUAAACACCGCCAUCGCUUCCACCAACAGUACUCUCGACCUCGGACCCCUGAGAUACGCCUUGGCCGUUUUCGAGGCCUCGGCACAACAAUUCAAUACACUCCGCUCCCUCGCCUUAACUACACAGAACUCCGAACUUUUGACCGUCGUCAAUCAUAAAGCGCGAGACUUCUCCAGAGGGUUUACAAGCCAGGGAGGCCUUCCUGGACGAGAGUUCUUCCAGAAUUUGAUUUUUGCGCCGGGCUUGGAUACGGGAUAUGCACCGGCUACGUUUCCAGGGGUUACGGAGGCGGUAACGGCGGGGAAUCUUACGCUUGCACAGGAGUAUGUUGAGAAGACUGCAAUGGCGAUUCUGGUGGCGGCGAGUACGCUGAAGACAUAG